AUGGUUGCAAGGGACUCAUGGCUGGAAGUAAAAGAUCUCCUAAAUCGUUUGUUAAACACGAUAACAGUACCUAACUUGGUUUCUAGACACCAGAUCAUCGUUUUGAAUGCUAUUAACAACAGUCCAAGUAUUGUUGUUGAUUUUCUGGCUGAUCUUAUUGCCAGAAAUAUUGAACAGCUGGAGACCGAGCUGGCUACUUCGCACAUUGCUAUUCCCAUUGCUUUCGCUCGAAGAAUUACCGAUUCACAAUGUUGUGACUCUAUUGCUAAAUUUUUGUGGCGAUUUGCACAUAUUGAUGCUGUGCGCAACGAACUGGAAUCCUUAUUGGUGAAUGCAGAUACUGGCGUUCGAUUCCGAAUCCACCAAGUUACGUCUAAUUAUUUAAAAGAGAAAGGAACUGGAAGUGAGGUUUCUGAGUUACUCCAGUCGUUAAUUGAAGAAAUUAGUGUGCCUGAUAUUUUAACGCAAUUAACUGCAAUAGAAAUGUUGUCUGAGGCUGCAUACAACAAUAAAGCAGCUACAGCGUACUUGUUUUCACUAGGUCUAAUCGAUAAUAUGUACAGUCUGUUAAACGCAGUUGCUGAACAACCGGACGCGGGCUUUUUAUUUCCAGGCAUGGGAAUAAAGUUUAUACUUGCUGUGAUGAAGUUUUUUGGUCACUUGUCGAUCACAGAUGCUCAAUGUUUGAGGCGGUACCCGAAUUUUUUGCGAAAUUUACUGGACUUGGUUUACCAGUACGACAGAUUAGAUGCAUCAUUGCGUUUGUUGGCUUUUGACACGCUUGCAGUUGUUGCCAGUACAGAAGACGCAAAACGUUAUUUGUCGUCAUUUUCUGAAUAUGAUCUUGAAAAGGCGAUGAACACUUUUGGCGUUGCAAUUGCGACAGGUCCAUUAGAACUGAGAGUUCGACAUGUUGAAGCUCUAUCAAUACUUUUUCACAGUGAGAGGAAGACGCCUAAGGAAGACAUUAGCGAUAUUGCAAAAUGCUGGUGGAAGUUUUUGGGAGAUGGUUUUCCUUCAGUCGUUGUUACGUAUAUGUCGAGACCAUUUGAACAGCUGAGGCUUGCAACCCUUCAACUGAUAGCUAAUGUCCUUUGUUACAGCUGGGGAGCAGAAGUGUUGAAGAGUACUAAUGGGUUUGUUAAUGCUGUAUUAGACCGUCGUGUUGAAACAACUCCGCAAGGAAAACACUUGAAAUAUAAUAUAGUGUCGCUAUUAGUUGAAAAAGGUAGUAAUCUUUUUACACCUGACGCUCUUAUGAGGCUCAAACUUUACUUACGAGAGGGUCCAUUCUAUGUAGAAGUCCCACCAAGUCUCGAUUUGAUGAAUGAUUGA